AUGAUGUUCAUCUCAGCGGUCGUGUCCAAUUUGAACUCCAUCAAUCCCGUCGUCCUCGGAGGCAUCGUGAAUCUCGAGAAGCACAAUGUUCGCAAUACUACACAUUUCACACGACUCUCCACACUUUCAGAUGACUUGAUCACAUUCACUGAUUCAGCUCUGACGUCGUCGUCCGCGAGCACGACGCCCCAGGCGUCCGGGAACGGAGCCGGAACUUCGUCGGACGAGGCAAUCACACUCGACAGCAUAGAGAGUUCCGAGGGCAGACUCAAACAUCCCACGGCUGAUAGGGCGAGACCUCCCGCUAGAAGACCUCCAUCACAUAUUGGUUCUCCGCCUGGACACGCGGAGACUAUCGCGGAAGAGAAUGGCGAUUCCCUUGUGAUCAACCUCGUUGGCGGACCUUUCUCGAACGGAAGCAAACUAUCCGCGAGUAGUCUAAGCAAAGACGACGUAGAUGCCAAGACAAACGAAGGCCCAUCUGCACGAAGCGAGAUCUCGCAGAAGUUGGAGGCGGAAAUCUUGGAGCUGCGUGCUGAAGUCAAGAGGCUACGUGAACACAGUGUGUCCGAGGAGGAGUUCAACAAUCUAGUGCAACAGAUGAAGACACUGCAGGAGACGAUGGAGUCGAACAGGGCGCACUAUUCGAAGAUGGUGCGCGAUCUCAUGGCCGAGGUGGACGAGGAGAAGAAGCAGAGGAUGACUCUACAAGUGGAAAUCAAUCGGCUUAAGAAAAUUACUGUAACUGUCUAA